ACGAGUCCAGCGCACGCGUUCGCUCUGGCCCCAUUCCUCGUACUCGCCAGUCUUCCCAAUUCCCUUCUCAGCGAAUGGGCAGCUGCUCCAUAAUAGCAGCGCACCAUUGCCAGCGGUCAGGAAUAAUUAAUACAUAUUUUUCAUCGACACACGCUUUAUCGCGAAAUUUUUCAAUCAAACCUGCAGUUUGAAAAAUUGAUUCAGUUAGACAGACAUCAUCGGGGACUGCUGUGUCUCAUUCUUGUAUCGAAAAGUGGUAAACGGUACGAAUAAUUUGAAGAAAACAUGUCCGCGAACGGAAAAAGCAGUGAAAGAAAAAGCGGAUUUAUUGAUAUUGAGAAGCCAAAAUGGGACCAAGGAUCGUACCUGGGUCGGGCUCGUCAUUUCUUCACCGUGACGAAUCCGAUGAACGUUUUUGCCACCGCUGAACAACUCGCCGAGGCUAGCGAUAUUGUUCAUAAAUAUAGGAAAGGUGAAAGCCUGGACAAACUGGGGAUAACGGAAGAUAAACUCUGGAGCUGCAAGUAUCUUUACGACAGUGCAUAUCAUCCCGACACCGGGGAAAAGAUGAUCUUGAUUGGACGUAUGAGUGCUCAGGUGCCUAUGAAUAUGCUGAUCACUGGCUGCAUGAUGACCUUCUACAAGUCAACUCCGGCGGUCGUAUUCUGGCAAUGGUUCAAUCAGUCUUUCAAUGCCUUAGUCAACUAUACGAAUCGGAGUGGAUCCAGUCCGAUCCCAAUAUCAACUCUGGUACAGAGUUACGUGGGGGCGACCGGAGGAGCCCUUUUCACAGCACUAUCCCUGAACCACCUUGCAAAAAAAGGGCCACCGCUGGCGGGGAGGUUGGUACCACUUGCAGCAGUUGCUGCUGCUAAUUGUGUGAACAUACCGAUGAUGCGAAUAACCGAAUUGCGCGAAGGUAUCGAGCUUCAAAAUGAUAAAGGACAAAAAGUAGGAAGCAGCGUUUCGGCCGCAAAACAGGCCAUCUUCUCCGUUACUUUUUCGCGGAUUCUUAUGGCCUCGCCUAGCAUGGUGUUAGCACCGCUGCUCAUGAACUACUUGGAAAAGAGAAACUUAUUGAGGCGGAUGCCAUGGGCAGCAGGUCCAAUUCAAGUCGCCCUUUGCGGUGUUUGCUUAACAUUUGCAACUCCCCUUUGCUGUGCUUUAUUUGCACAGCGCGUUGCCGUUCCCGUGAAAGAGUUGGAACCAGAAGUGCAAGAACAAAUACGAUCCAGAGAUCCAGACGCCGAAGUAGUAUACUAUAACAAGGGUUUAUAAAAAAAUAGAAAUUUGGAUUUCGUCUCAUAUUAUAGUCGGGUUGGAUAGAUCGUAAAUCGAAAUAAU